CCCUUGGAGUGUUGACACGGCAUCAGUUAGCCCCCAUUUCCCCCCACAACCCCUUCCCACGCUUCCCAUCCUCCCCCACGGCCUACUUUUUUCUUAAGAGGAGGUCCAUGGCCGAGGCCACCCGCGUCAUUGUUCCUGUCCUGGAUGCAAAUUUGGCAUGAGGCAUCGCGCCUUGCCCAAGACGGACAACUGACACAGUACUUUUUCUGCCGAGAUGGGGACAUCACCUUCAAUCAAGGUAUCAUUUUUCUUCCACCCCACGUGCUUUGCACCCACACUGUAGCCCGACAACACCCACCGAUGGGCGAUGAUAAGACUUCAGCCCCGAACGGCCCGGAGUUCGGGGCCUGAAGCUCGCCGGCACCACUUACAAGAUCAGGCCGGACCCUCUCACUCACUUCUAACCUUACCCAGAGAUUCCCUGUUUUGGACUUCCUGAGCCUCUGGACCCCAACCCCGGAUGGAGACCUCUUGGAGCCCUUGGAUAUGGAUUGGUGUGGUUUCCACCACCUGCGCAUUGCUGUCAUCAUGAUGCGCGCUCCUCGUGAGAGGAGUUGCUGUUUCUCCUGGCGAGAGAUGAGAAAAAGUCUGUUUGACGAGGUAAGGUAAAUUAUCGCCGAUGCUCUCCAGAGACUUUCCUGUGAUGGACUUUGUUUCCGCGGAAUGAGGCACCCCUUUUCCCCCUAAAACUUUCUCUAGGUCCCAGUUAGCACCACUCUGGCUGCCCUCCAUCCGCAUGUGGAAGGAGACCUGCACAUUGCAAUCCGAUUUCUUGCGCGCAGGAUGCCGUUCACCUGGUUGAAGACAUCAACUGUCACAUUUUAGCCUUCAUCCGCCGUAUCUGCCGUCCCCCUCUCUUUCAGAAAGCCUCGGAAUCGACAAACCCAACCCCAACCCCAACCCAAACAGUUCGCCAUCACACGACAACAACAGCCUCGGGAGGAUGUAGCAGUAUCCCAUGUUUCACGGGGCUUGCUUGGUGCGUGAUGUGUCGCCCAAGCUUUGCAGCCUCGCCUUACUUUUGGUCCUUGAAUACCACCAGUCAGAUGUGAGGAAUGAGGCUCUCGCCGAGUCCGGGCAGCUCUUCGUCAUGUGGCACAAAUCUCCGAGUUGUGAUCACGCCUGGGUCAUGCAAGAGCACUUCCAAGAGCCAUGAGCAGGCGUGUGUGCUGAUGAAGCACGUUGAAGAUACAAGAUAGGGCUAGGGCCAGCAGAUGCCUGGCGCUUUAGCUUUGUAGAAAGAUUGAAACCAAUACACUGCCUGGACAAGCCUUGUCGGCCAGCCUGAUUGCAAGAGUCUUAUCCGGGGUCGGUUGUGGAGGUUGAUGAUGUCCCAGGAUUUACACAUGCUGAGGGAUGGGGUCCGAGCCACGCCUACUUACCUGGUUUCCGGGGCUGCCACACCUGUUGUUGACCUUGGGUUAAGGAUCCUACACUCCAGCUCAGAAGAAGAAGAAGCCGACCAACAACGUGCCAACUUGCAGCCCUCGACAACGUCUGUUCUUAUGAAGAAUGGCAGAAAGGGGAGCCGGGCGACAUCUCCGGGAGUGGACACUUGAAGAGGGCCCCGUCGUUGACAGGACGAGACACCAGCCAUCGACAAACUUGGUCAACAAUACUCGAGCCAUCGACGCCGAUUCGUUCGCCCAUCGACAACCGUAUGAUGAACGCCGCUUGGUUAACGUCUUUGGCCGGCAGACAUCCACAUCAGACCCUAGCUGCAUACUGAGCAAUGAGUUGGAGGGGCUGUUGCUGAUGUGGCGAGCAAGUGGGCGAGUUUGGUGCUUUUGGCCAUUGUGUAUCUGACUGAUGCCAAUCCAGCUGAGUCUCGAGAUGUCUUGCACGACAUCAAGCCAGGCAAUGAGGAGGUCUGGUCUUCAGGACACCUGUCGCAGACACCCAAUCAAUGUACGCUCUCCCAUCGACAAUAUCGCGGCUACUGCGGAUCGAUCAAAAAAUCAGUCGAUGCAUAUCUUUGAGGGUCUCAUGCACAGUCGACCAGAUGUAGCAGUUGCGUAUUCUCGUGGCAUCUCUUGUCCCGUGAACGAGCUCUCCAAUGAUGUCGACAAAAAAAUGCACUUUUGCUCUUCGAUGUGA